AUGGGAGACACACCAUGGACCUGGGAACACCAUACCAUGGACCUGGGAACACCAUACCAUGGGAGACACACCAUGGACCUGGGAACACCAUACCAUGGGAGACACACCAUGGACCUCGGAACACCAUACCAUGGACCUGGGAACACCAUACCAUGGGAGACACACCAUGGACCGGGGAACACCAUACCAUGGGAGACACACCAUGGACCUCGGAACACCAUACCAUGGACCUGGGAACACCAUACCAUGGGAGACACACCAUGGACCGGGGAACACCAUACCAUGGGAGACACACCAUGGACCUCGGAACACCAUACCAUGGACCUGGGAACACCAUACCAUGGGAGACACACCAUGGACCGGGGAACACCAUACCAUGGUAUGGUAUUGUGA